GCCAUCCCACCCGAGUCUACUGUCCUCAUCACAGGCGUAAAUGGCUACCUUGCUUCGCACGUCGCGGACCAGCACCUCGCUCUAGGCUACAAAGUCCGUGGAACGGUUCGCGACGCUGUCAGAUGCAGUUGGGUGAAGGAUCUGUUCGAUGCGAAAUACAACCGGGGAAAGUUCGAACUCAUCGUCGUUCCCGAUUUUACCGUCGAGGGAGCCUUCGAUGAGGCCGUGGAAGGUGUUUCUGGAGUCGCCCACAUCGCCUCCGAUCUCUCCUUUGAUACCGAUCCAGAGAAGGUCAUCACGCCCUCCGUCCGCUCGACCCAAAACCUCCUCAACGCUGCAUCUCGACAACCUUCCGUGAAACGAUUCGUCUACACCUCGAGCGCUAUAGCGACCGUAUACCCAUACGGCGACCCCGAAGUCAUCACAAAAGAAACAUGGAACGAAAAAGCUAAAGACGAAGCAUGGGCCCUAGAGUUCGUUGAUGAGAAGCAGAGGAGGUGGGCGGUCUAUGCGCAGAGCAAAGUCGAGGCGGAGAGGGCGUGUCGGAAGUUUGCCGACGAGAUGAAGGAGAAGGCCAAGGGUGAGGGAGAGGGGUUCGAGUUGAGCACCGUCCUCCCUUCGUCAUGUUUUGGGCCGUGGUUGCAUGAGAGCCAGGACUCCCCGACGGUGAAGAAUAUAAAGAACUUACUCGCCGGGAAACUUGACAAAGAUCAAGAGGGAAUUUCACCCUACUGGUUCGUCGACGUCCGCGAUACCGCCCGUCUACACGUCGCAGCUCUCAUCAGCCCGUCCGUUCGUUCAGAGCGUCUGUUCGCAUACUCAGAAACAUACAGCUGGAAUCAAAUCCUUGACAUAUGGCGACGCGUGUAUCCAGAACACCCAUGGAUGGAGUGCCCCGCCGAUAACAGAGAAGAACGCACGGAGCUUCCGGAUUGUCGAGCUCGCGCUGUGGAAAUAUUGAAGGAGCUGGGUAGGGAGGAUUUUAUUGGCUUGGAAGAAUCCGUGAAGGAGAAU